AUGCAAAGAUCACAAGAUCCCCUCUCCCAAAGAGCCCUCUUCGUAAAGAACCUCAAUUUCCAAAUCACCGGCCCAGACCUGUACGACCUCUUUGGCAAAUACGGUCCCAUCCGCCAGAUCCGACUCGGUACCGACGGCAAAGAACUCAAGACGAAGGGUACGGCGUAUGUGGUGUAUGAGUCGCCGGACGAUGCCAAGGAGGCUAUCACGGCGUUGAAUGGUUUCCAUUUGAUGGAGAGGUAUAUUGUUGUGCUCUAUCACCAACCGUCAAAACAACAGGCUACAGCACUCGCCAAGGCAGAGCUGCACGCGAGAGAAGUCGCCCUGGCGCAGGAGAAGCAGCGGUUGGGUAUGAAGGACGAAGAAUGA